AUGCUUGACUGGAAAUCCUGCGUCCUAGAGUCCGUCGACUCCAGUCCCUCCUCCUCACGCGCCGACUCGGCCAAACACUCACCCUCCCCCGCAAUGCACCCCCCAGAGACGACCGCUCCGCGCAAGUUCGCCCCCGAUGCUUCCUUGGUUCUUGUCGGUAUUCGUGGCUGCGGCAAGCGCUCACUAGGAUUCGUCGCGGCGGCUGCCUUGAAGCGACGCUUCAUUACAGAAGACCAUUACUUCAAGGAAAUCACCGGUGUCACGAGACAGGAAUACCUAAAGACACAUGGAAGCCAAGAAUUCCAGCGCCGGGAUAUCGAGGUUUUGAAAUUGAUGCUCGACAACCACCGAACCGGUUGCGUGGUGGAAUGUGGAUUGGGAAGUCUCACACGACCUGUGCAGGAUCAUCUGCGGCGCAUUGUCAAGACAAACCCCGUCGUUCACCUCGUUCGUGACAUCGAUCGCAUUCAGCAACUCCUCGGUCUAGACGACCAAUCCGUGCGGAUCCUGCGUGAGGGAGACCCCCUACAUCGAACCUGCUCCAAUUUCGAAUUCUACAAUGUCGAGGAUCGUACAAGGAUUGUCUCGGACGACGGAACCCCCGACCCUCGCUCGGCAGCGUACUCGUUCAAACUACAAGAAGUGAAGGAAGACCUGACCCGGUUUGUUCGCUUCGUGACCGGAGUCGAUGUGAAUCAUUCCAGUUAUGAUUCCCCCUUCGUGCUGUUAGAGACACCACCUGAGCUUCGAUCCUUCACCCAUGCCAUCUUCGUGAGGUCCUCGGAUCUUCUCGCAGACAAUGUCAACUUGCCAGAGCUGGAGUCUGGCGGAGAUGCCAUUGAGCUCUGCGUCGACCGCUGGGGCCCUGAAAUGCCCAAUGUGAUUAGCAAGCAGGUGUCUGUGCUUCGUCGUAACGCGCGGACUCCGAUCAUUCUCUCCGUGGACAUGUCAUCACUCAAAGUCGGAAAAGACCAUGAUCUAUCUGCAACAUAUUUCGAUAUCCUGGAACAUGCUCUUCGCUUGGCGGUAGAGUACCUGGUUGUCAACCUUGGUCAGAACCGGGCUCAAUUAGCGCAGAUCGUCCGCGCUCGGGGCAAGACCAAGAUCAUUGGGCAGCACGUUUUUGAAGCAACAUCCCGUGUGAAAUGGGAGGACGAUGGGUGCGUGUCAUUGUAUAAUGAAGCUGAAAAAUUAGGCUGUCAGCUAGUGAGGCUCCUCCGAGUAGCCACAUCCAGGGAGGAAAAUGCCAGUGUCCUCGAGUUUGCCAACAGGAUCCGUUCUCUACCAGGAGACCACCCACCUCUGAUUGCCUACAACAUCGGCCGUCUAGGACGAACAUCACAAGUAUUCAACUCGAUCCUCACGAGUGUGACACAUCCUGCAAUCACUCGUGAGACGGAGAAUGAGCGUGAUGCGCAAAUCACUUCGCGCGACGCGGUCCAGGCCCUUGUCCAAAGCUACGUGCUCGACCCGCUGAAAUUUUGUAUUCUCGGCGCGAGCGUCGCCUACAGUCUGUCCCCGGCCAUGCACAAUGCCGCCAUUCAGCACUGCGGCUUGGGACAUGUCUAUCGAAUUCCCGACUCUCCUUCUCUCGCGGUCUUGGAUGAGCUUCGCAAAGAUCCCAACUUUGGCGGGUCUAGUGUUGUUCAACCAUGGCGUGUGGAGCUAUAUCAUAAACUGGCCGCGAAGAGCCGACACGCCGAGGCGAUUGGCGCUAUAAACACCAUCAUGCCUUUGCGAGGUACAUCGGAUGGAACGAUGUACUCCCUCCAAGAACAAGCCAGUCGACGCAACCAGGCAGGCCCUGUGUUGGGUUGGUAUGGUGAGAACACAGACUGGGUGGGUAUCAUGACCUGCAUCACUCGUCAUUUGUCGCCUCGUAAUGCGAUCAGUGCGAAGACUACCGGUCUUAUCAUCGGAGCUGGUGGUAUGGCACGGUCAGCUAUCUAUGCCAUGCUCCGCCUAGGCUGUCGCAAGAUCUUCAUCUACAACCGAACGCAAUCUCGAGCGGAAGAGGUAGCACGUCACUUCAAUUCCUGGGCCGCAGUUCAGACCGACUCAGCAGAGGUGGUCCGAGUACUAAGGUCACUUCAGGAUGACUGGCCUGACGACGCCAGUCCACCUAGUCUGAUUGCCUCGUGUGUACCCGCCGAUCCAGACGGCGACCAGCCCCCCGCCAACUUUGAGAUGCCAAUGCAAUGGCUCGGGAGUCCAACCGGGGGUGUAGUAUUAGAGCUGGCCUACAAACCCCUGGACACACCCCUACUCAAACAAAUGCGUCGAAUCCGAAGCGACAACGGCCGACCAUGGGUUCUAUCAGACGGACUCGAAAAUGUUAUCGAGCAAGGCAUUGCCCAAUUCGAAUUGAUGACCGGCCGCAAAGCCCCGCGUCGCCUAAUGACCCUGGAGGUCCUCCGCAACUACGAAGGGGAAAGUGGCCGGUUCGACGAAAAAACGAUACAGGCCCGGUUGGAUGGGAUUUGUUCUUAG